UUUGUGCCUCAUCGUUAUCGUCGUGGCUCUCACGGAAUGAUAGCGACCGAAGGAGAAGAGCUUAAAAUGCUUGAAACUACUAAUGGAACAAGCGCCUUAACUAAUGCUUCUGCUAUUGAGUCGUUAGAUGGAAUGGACCCAGCAUUGCGUGCCUUUGAGGAACAUCGUCGUGAAUUUAUUGAAACAAUGAGAGAACUCAGAAGAAAAAAUCCUCAUAUGGAACCAGAAGAAUUACAAAAACAAGCUGAAUACGAAAUGAUCAGUAAAGGACCAAAAUCACGUGCCUUCUAUAGGGUCCAGGCAACUCGUCGACUUGUUGGUGGUGGCGAUAUUGUUAGAAAACGAUUGGCGAGAGAGCAUGACAAGGCUUUGGAUAUUGUUAUCGAAGCGCAAGAAAGACAAGCUAGGCAUAAUACUUGUAGAAUAUUUUUUGAUCCUGCCCAUUAUACAGUUUUGGAGAAUGUUGGGACUUUUGACGUUGUUGUUGGCCGAGAUGGUGGCCCGGAAGGUUUAACAGUCAUGGUUGACUACUACACGGAGGAUGGAACAGCCAAUGCUGGUAGUGACUAUAAGCCUGCUAAAGGAACCUUAACGUUUUACCCUGAGGAUAGGCACUGCAAAAUUCCUAUUGAAAUCGUGGAUGACGAUGUUUUUGAAGAAGACGAACACUUUUAUUUACAUUUAACAAAUUUGAGAGUUCGUACACGUGAUGGCCUUAUUUUGGACCCUACAAGGUUAGGAGGUGUUCCUCUGGCUCUGCUGGAAAUGCCUACUACCGCAACAAUUAUGAUUCUUGAUGAUGACCAUGCUGGUGUAUUUUCAUUUGAAUACGAUCACUUUCAAGUUGUUGAAAAUUGUGGACAUAUAACUCUCAGGGUGCAAAGGACAAGUGGAUGUAGGGGUCAAGUCUUACUGCCUUACAAAACUUACGACGGGUCUGCUACCACCGGUAAACAUUAUGAAGCUAAAGAAAGCGGAGAAAUCCUUUUUGAGGAUAAUCAAACUGAGGCCUUUAUUGAUAUUGGAAUUGUUGAUACCGAACAAUACGAACGCUCAGAUUUUUUCUAUUUGGAAUUGUCACCGCCUGUUUGGACUAAAAAGAUGUCCGAUAUGAAAAAAGUCCAAGAACGGUUCCAUCGACGUAUGGAAAGAAAAAGGGCUUCGUCUGCUGAUCAACAACGCCGUUCUAGUUCUGCAGCAUUAAAUGAACAACAACGGUUAAACAAAAGUUUUGAUAAUAGACGUCAGAGCACUACAAGUACUUUGGGAGAAGAUGAGAAUUUAAUGAAUUUAACGCCUGAUCAAUUAGAAAUUGCUGAACUGGGAAAGCCACGAUUGGGGGAAUUUAGAAAAUGUCAAAUUACUAUAAAGGAGAGCAAAGAGUUCCAGGUAAAAAAAUUAAUUUUUUAA